AUGGAGGAAAGGAAAGCGAAAGGAAUACGCCCUGCAGGAGGAGAUAUGAUAAGCAAAUUACCCGACGCUUUGAUAUCUCAGAUACUCAUGUAUCUCCCGACAAAGGAAGCUGUUAGGACCAGUGUUCUGUCCAGCAGGUGGAAAAGUCUCUGGCUUUUGAUUUCCGAGCUGGAUUUGGACUCUUUCGAGUUCCCCGACUACAAUGCCUUUGCGAGUUUCAUAGACAAGUUCCUAGCUUUCUCCAGAGAAGAGGAGUCGUGCGUGCACAAGCUCAAGCUAUUGAUUAUGAAACGUAAGAGAGACCAGGCUUGCGUCAGGCGCUGGAUAGACUUUGUAGCUACGCGUAGAGUCAAGCAUCUUGAUGUUGGGUACCGUUACGUGUCUCGCAAGCGUUUCGAAGUGGUCCCUAUGAGCCUAUUUAUCUGCGAGACGCUCCUUAGCUUAAGACUCAAUCGGGUACUGAUAGGUAGUUUUGAGUCUGUCUCACUGCCUCGUCUCAAGACUCUGUGUUUAGACAACAAUGCAUAUGCGAAUGAUACUGGUCUUGAGUCACUCAUCUCGUCUUGCCCUGUUCUUGAAGACUUGAGCAUUUUUAGGAGGUUAGAUGAUAACGUUAAGGUUUUAAGAGUGCAUUCUCAGACAAUAACCAGUCUUAAGCUAGGGUUUGACCGUGGUGGCGAUCAUGGCUUUUUUGUUUUUGAUUGGGAUAGCUUGUGGCUUUUCGUUGAUGCCCCUAGACUUAAGUAUUUGACUUUUGAACAAGAACUAGCGCCGAACAAAGUCAUCAGCAAUUUAGGUUCCUUAGUUAAGGUCUGUUUUGUAGACAUUGUUCGUAUAACGUACUCUUUUAAAGAUUUUAACUUAUCAGAGCUACAAAUGGUCCGUAAUUUUUUCAACGGUGUCUCGAGAGUUAGGGAGAUGGUCAUCUCUCAAGACAUGAUGGAGAUAAUGUUUCACUACAUGGAACUAGAAACAUUUCCGCAGUUUUGCAACCUGUCCUGUUUGGAAGCUAAAGUUUGUUUAAGACGCGUGAAACUCCUGGAGAUCCUGCCAACGCUUCUUGAAAGCUUUCCGAGUCUAAAAUCGAUCGUCUUGGAUGUGACUCAUAAUAUGGACGACACGCCUCCAAUAACAGUCUCGUUUGUGCCUCAUUGCUUGUUGUCAUCGCUCGAGUUUGUGGAGAUAAAAAGCAGAUACGAGGCAGAGUUUGUUUUGAUGGAACUGGCAAGGUACUUUGCAGAAAACUCUGUAAUUCUCAAGAAACUUGUGAUGAGCUGGGAACGUUCUAAGCUGAAAGAAGAUGAUGUCUUAAGGGAUCUCCUUGCAUUGUCUUGGAGAUCUAGCACGUGUCAAAUCGAAGUCUCUGGACCCCAUAAAAGACUUGUAGGUGCUUCCUAG